AUGAACGAGGCAGAGCUUAAAGUGUUACAAGAGGAGAUCAAAGCUAUGGGCGACGAAAUUAGGUCGUUGAAGACAGACAAGGCCGAUCCGACCUUGAUCAAAGCAAAAAUUGCUGCUAUGUUGGAGAAGAAGAAACUUUUGGGAGAUGGGCAGACAGACCAGGGGAAAUUUGUGCUUAAGACUGCCAAAGGAACACGAGACUACGGGCCCAAAUCGAUGGCUGUACGAGAAUCUGUUCUAAAAAUUGUUGUUGAUGCUUUUAAAAGACAUGGAGCUGAAACUAUCGAUACUCCAGUUUUUGAGCUUAGAGAUGUACUUAUGGGAAAAUACGGUGAAGAAGGUGGUAAACUCGUUUACGAUCUGCAAGAUCAGGGAGGCGAACUAUUGUCUUUGCGGUAUGAUCUCACGGUUCCUUUCGCCCGGUAUCUAGCUAUGAAUAAGAUCUCAAAUAUAAAGAGAUACCAUAUCGCUAAAGUUUAUCGCAGGGACCAGCCUGUUAUGACAAGAGGGCGUUAUCGAGAGUUUUAUCAAUGU